AUGGCCCCGACAAUUCAUCUCGUCCGCCACGCUCAGGGUUUCCACAACCUGUCCAUCGAGAACGAGCAGCUGCCCGACCCGGACCUGACGCCCCUUGGCGAGGAGCAGUGUGCCGCCCUCCGCGCCGCGUUCCCUCACCACGACAAACUCACCAAGCUGCUGGCCUCGCCCAUGCGUCGCACCGUCUACACCUGUCUCCAUGCUUUUGGCACCGAUGCCCUGCUUCCCAUCACCGCUCUGCCCGUCUUCCAGGAGGUCUCUGCUCAGCCCUGCGAUAUUGGCUCACCUGUGGCCAAGGUGCGAGCUGAGUUCGAGGGCAAGGCUGACUACGCCGGUGUGGAGGAGACGUGGUGUGAAAAGGGCCCCGGCAGCAAGUACGAGCCCACGCUAGAGAAGCUUACGGUUCGAGGCAGGGAGGCCAGAAGAACCUUGAGAGAGAUUGCUGGCAGCGGAGAUGAGCACAUUGUAGUUGUUUCCCACGGAGGAUUCCUCCACUUCCUGACAGAUGACUGGCACGGCGUCCCUGAUGGACGAGCUACUGGCUGGUCAAACUGCGAGUUCCGCUCGUACCAGUUCGUCGAUCCUACUGGCGAGGAUGAGGAUGCCGCCCUUCGCGAGACCGAGGAGAGCUGGCAGCGACGAGAGGGCAACACAAUCCCUCCCACACAGACGGAGCAGCGUGAGCUGAGACCAAUCGUACUGGAAAAGAUUGCUCCUCACCUGAACCUUUCCAUGCCCAAUGGGAAGCUCUAG